AUGACGGCCAUCGACGCCAAGGGCUUUGGCCCCCGCGACAUCGAGUCGCCUGCGAUGAAAGAGGACAUUGCACCAUCCUCUCCGAUCCCGUCCUCACCCGAAGAGCAAAAGGCCCUGAUAUGGAAACAAGACAAACGCAUCAUCCCCAUUUGCGCGGGCAUCUACUUCCUCUGUUUCCUCGAUCGCUCCAACAUCGGAAAUGCGAAAAUCCUUAACUCCUCGACGGGCCACGACAUGCAGACUGAGACCGGGAUGUCGAACUACUCGUUCACGCUCGCUUUGAUGAUCUUCUUGAUCGCCUACGCCGUCUUCGAAGUCCCAUCCAACAUCCUCCUCAAGAAACUGCGCCCGUCGCGAUGGCUCGCGUUUCUCAUGUUCUCCUGGGGUGCCGUCACGAUUGGUCUGGGAGGGGCGAACAACGGUGCGACCGUCACGGGAGUGCGAUUUCUCCUCGGUGUCUUCGAGGCGGGCCUGUUCCCCGGACUGGUUUACUAUCUCACGUUCUGGUAUCGGCAUAAUGAACGCAGCGUCAGAGUCGCCAUGAUUCUCGCCAGCGCCACACUGGCAGGAGCUUUUGGCGGUGCGAUCGCCUACGGCAUUGGACACAUGAACCAGGUCAACGGCCUGUCCGGCUGGCGCUGGCUGUUCAUUCUCGAAGGCAUUCCCUCCUGCCUGUCAGCGAUUUUCGUUUGGUUCUUCUUGCCAGAUUAUCCCGAAAGCGCAAGCUGGCUGUCGGAGCGGGAGAAGGACCUCGCAAUAGAGAGACUGUUCCACGAGGGCAGCAAAAGCAGCCACAAGACCAUGACGUGGGAGGAUGCGAAGGCGACUCUAACGGAUUGGAGGCUGUAUGGGCAUUACGUGAUCUACUUCGCCCUCUCGGUUCCCUUCUCGUCCUUGUCGCUCUUCACGCCGUCGAUCACCUCGGGAUUGGGGUUCGUGGAUUUGCAGGCGCAGCUGAUGACGGUUCCCCCGUACGCUGCAGCAUAUGUCGUUCAAAUCAUCGUUGCCUUCUCAGCGGACCAUUUCAACGCGCGCGCCGUCCACUCAGCGGCGCUCGCUCUGAUCGGCGCAAUCGGCUUCGUCGUCUCCGCAGUCCUGCCCCCCGAUGCAUACCACGCACGCUACGGGUGCCUCAUCGUCGGCGCCUCCGGUGCAUUUGCGUGCAUUCCGCCUCUGCUGGGUUGGCUGACGUCUAACUUGUUCAGCACGGCGUCGACGGGACUCGCGAUCGCGCUCAACGUCAGCAUUGGUGCGGGACUCGGGCAGAUCCCGGGCGUGUGGGUUUACAAGGCGGAGGAGAAGUCGAUCGGGUAUCCGACGGGCCACUGGUCGAAUGCGGCAUUGCUGUUAGUCGUGGUCGUUGGAUGCGCGGCGUUGAGGGUGUACUAUGGUUUGGCGAACAAGCGGUUGUUGAGAGAGGCGGAAAGAGACGGUACUCAGCCGAGGUUGUUCAAGUAUUGA